AUGGUCAUAGUUAAUGAACUAAUUCAAUUAAUUAUUCGUACAACGAAUAAUCAAUGUGCUGAUUUUUCAAUUGAAAUUUCAGCAUCAUUAACUGUUUAUGAUCUGAAACAAAAAAUAACAUUAAAUCAUCCAAAUAAACCAAAUCCUCAAAAUCAACAUUUGAUUUACUUGGGAAAAUUACUUAUUGAUAAAAAUAUACUUAAUGAUAUAUUUAAUAAAUCAGAAUCUGAAUCAAAAUCUAUGAUUCAUCUUGUACUAUAUUCUGAUCAAAAUGAAAUCUCAACCAUCGAAGAAACAUCAAAUAUAUCUUUACAUUCAUUUGCCUAUGAUCAAUAUAUAAAUGAAUUAAAUAAAUAUCAACAACAACUUCAACAAUUUAUAAUGAAUCUUAAUCAAAUUUCAUCAAUAACACAAACUUAUUUACACUAUAAUUAUACAUCUUCUCAAAUAUAUCAAAAUUAUCUAGUUCAUCAAAGAUCUAUAACACAAAUUAAUUCUACACCAUAUAUAACUAAUCAAUCAAUAACUGUUUCAUCACCAUCAACUGUGAAUUCUAAUGAAUUUCGUCAAGAAAAUAAUCAAUUAAGAAUAUUACUUAUUGUCAUUGAACUUAUUCUAUUUUGUUUAAUUUUUUAUAUUCAUUCAUCAUUAAAUUUUUUUCUUUUUCUAUUUAUUAUUUUUAUAUUAUUAUAUUUAUAUUAUAGUGAUUAUUUAUCUAUUCAACAACGACAACAAAUACAACCUAUUAAUGAACAAAUAAAUAUCGAACAAAUACAAAAUUCUAAUCAUCAUCAACAACAACAAUUUCGUCAAACUGAACCUGUUGUUGAAAAUCAAAUCACAACAAGACGUCUAUGGUUAACAGCUAUACUAACAUUUUUCUCAUCAUUAAUACCAGAAAGAACACAACGCAUUUAA